AUGAGUAGAGUUAGUAAUUCAAGUAUUGGUAAAAGUCAAAAAGUUGAAUUGGAGGCUCAUCCAACUGAACCUGCUAUUAUUGUAAAUUAUACACCUAAUGUUAAUGAUAAUAAAGGAACUCCUGUUAAAUCAUCACAAUCAAUAGUUUAUUUAAAAGAUCUCAAAGAAAAUAUUGAUAUAUCAUAUUUAUCUAAACAUAUAUUGUCAAAGACACCAAUAAUACCAGAACAUAAAUUAUCAGAUCUUGAACAGUUAUGUUAUUUUAUAGUUAAAAGAUCUUUAAUGAAUAGUAGUAGUAAUUCACCAAUUAUUAGUUCUAAUCUUCCACAGGGUACAAUUCCUGGUGAUAUAACAAAAUUAAGUAAUUAUAUAGAAGAUUUAUAUGAAGAGUUACCAGAAAAAACAAAAGCAGCAAGUGCUAUUUUAUCAUUAGCUUGUGAUAAUAUAAAUUUAUUAAAAUUAUCACAAAAUGAAACAUUAAUACCAAUAUUAGUUAGAGUUUUUAGGGAUGAUUGGAAAAAAUCAUAUGAUUUAGCUAUAAAUAUUACAAUGAUAUUUGUUCAAUUUUCUCAAUAUAGUAAUUUUCAUACAGUUAUUGGACAAAAUAAAAUUGGCUUAUUAUUUAUUCAGAUGAUUGAAUUUGAACAAAAAAGAAGAAGUGCUUGGUUAAAAGAAUUAAAAAAUUAUAGUGAAAAUGAUAAAAGUGGAUCUAGUAAUGGUAAUUCAAAAAAAAAAUGGGAAGUUGCUAUAAAAAAACAGGCACAACUUUUGGCUUCAAGUUAUCAAUUAUUAUUAUUUAUUGGUGAUGACAUGAAGACUGAAGUUAAAAUUGUUAAUAAAGGAAUAAUUCAAUUAUUAUCAAAUUGUCUUACACUUCAACCAUCAAUACCUUUACUAUUAGUUGUGUUAAAUUUUUUAUGGAAAUUAAGUUGUUUUGUUGAAAAUAAACAAACAUUUAUUGAUGAAGGUAUCAUUGAAAAGAUAUGUUCUAAUAAAAUUGUUAAAUCAAAAGAUUUUCGAUCAGAUGCUGAAUUAAGAAAUGUUGUUUUUAAAAUAUUAUUUAAUUUAUCAUUUGAUGAAAUUCUUAGAAAAAGAAUGGUUAAACAAAAUAUUAUUACAUAUAUUGCACCAUACCUUGAAGGACCAUAUCAUUCAAUUACAGCAAGAAAUUUAAUCUACCAAUUAAGUAUUAUUGAUGAUGCUAAGGCAAUGAUAACAUUUUCCGAUAUUAUUACAAUAUUAAUGAGAAAGGUCAUUGAAAAGAAAGCUGAUAAUAUAGAUAAAUCAUUAUUAAUAAAUGUUUCACUUGAAAAAAGGAAUGCUCAAUUAAUUUGUGGAUCUAAUGGUAAAGGAUUAGAAUUUUUAAUUGAUCUAGCAAUGGGAAGUAAUUAUUGUGAUGAAAAUGAAAAAGAAAUUGAUAAUUUAUUAAUAAAAGUUGUCAGAAAUGUUGCUUCACAUAAUGGUGCAACACAAAGUAUAUUUAAUGAUCAUAAAUAUAUGGAAAUGUUUAUAGAAAUGUUUAUAGUAAAAUGUUAUAAACCAUAUAUGAAAUUUAUGAAAGAAAAUAAAGGUAACGAGGAAAACUUUUUUAGAGAUAACAAAAAUUUAAAAGAUUAUUCUUUUGGUUUGGAUUGCCUUGGGACAGCUGUCCAUAUACAAUCUGUUGAUUGGAUUGAAGUAUGUGAUAAAUAUGAAAUAUUUAACAUUUUAAGUAGUGCCUUUGUCAAUGAAAAAAAGAAUGGUGGUGUUUCUGAUGACAUGUUACUUCAAUUAUUAAUGUUUUCUUCAACAAUAGCAACAACAGAAGUUGGUGCGCAAAAAAUAUUAGAAAAUUCUGAUGAUUUAAUAAAUCUUUUAAAUAAAAAACAGGAAGAUGAUGAAAUAGUAAUACAAAUAGUUUAUCUUUUUUAUAAACUUCUUAUUCAUGAAUCAUGUUGUAUAAUAUUAAUGGAUACAACAAAAAAGAAAUCAGAGAUAGCUGCUUAUUUGAUUGAUUUGAUGCAUGAUACUAAUGAACCAAUAAGAAAUAUGUGUGAUCAAGCUUUACAAGUAAUAUCAGAAUCAUCCAAAGAAUGGGCUAAAAAAAUUGAUGGAGAAAGAUUUCGAUGGCAUAAUGCUCAAUGGUUAGAAAUGAUAAAUGAUUCGAUAUCAGAUAUUGAGAAUAUAGAUUUAGCUGGUGAUUCAUAUUAUGAUAAUGGAAAUGUAGUUUUAGAUGUUGAUGAAUUUUUAAAUAAUGAUAAUGAAUUAGAUGAUUAA